UCACAGGUCACACAUAUAGAGGCAGGGAAAAGAGAAAAAGUUGAACGAAGAGAAAAAUGGCAGAAAGGAGGAAUAAGGAUGGCAAGAAAAAGGAAAAGGGAACAGGGUGGCCAUCAAUCAAACUCAAGUUUAAUCUUCACCUCAAUCGCCUCAAAGAUAACGAUCUUAUUACUGUUCAGAAUUUCUUUACUCCAGCUGAAUCAAAGGCUUUUGUCAAAGCUGCUGAGUCACUUGGGUUUGUACACCAAGGAAGCCUUGGUCCUGCAUACGGCGAAGCUUAUAGAGACAAUGAUCGUGUAUCCAUGCAUGAUCCUGAUCUCGCAGAUGCAAUAUGGAGAUCUGGACUGAACAGAUUAUUUUCGGACUUAAAAAUUCGAGGCAGAGUUGCUAUUGGGUUGAACCCUAAUAUUAGAUUUUACAGGUACAAGGCUGGCCAGAGAUUUGGACGGCAUAUUGAUGAAAGUGUUGACAUUGGAGAAGGGAAGCGCACACACUACACUUUGUUAAUAUAUUUAAGCGGUGGUUCCAAAUCUAAAACCAAAGAUGAUAAAGAAUCUCAGGAUUCUUUGUCUGAGACCCUUGUUGGAGGGGAGACUGUCUUUUAUGGUCCAAGAAAUGCUUUGGUUGCUGAGGUACCUCCAACUGAAGGAAUGGCUCUUGUUCACAUUCAUGGGGAUAAAUGUAUGUUGCAUGAAGCUCGGAAUGUCACUAAGGGUAUCAAAUAUGUUUUACGAUCUGAUGUUGUAUUUGCUUGAACAAAUGCCAAAAUGUUGACGAGUCAUAUACUUUAUCUGCUUCUUCUCGAGUUUAAUGUGUGGAAAAUCUCUGUCUUUUUGUAAUUCACCUUCUAACUGUAACUUCAUUCUUAAGUGGAACCUCUGCUGUAUUGCUGUAUUCUGCAAUAAUAUUGUGGAUUGUGGCAUAAGCCUAUAAAGAAUUUUAAUGAUACUUUUUGUAUUA